GUCGAAAGUACACCAUGUUUGGUGGCGGGUUCGAAUCGUUCUUUGGCCACGGCGGUGGCUACGAAGGUCACGGCGGCCCGUCCAAGCCUGUGGACAACUCGACUUUCUACGAGACUCUCGGUGUCCCCAAGAACGCCAGUGCCGCUGACAUCAAGAAAGCGUACCGCAAGUUGGCGCUCAAGAACCACCCGGACAAGGGUGGUGACCCUGAACUGUUCAAGAACAUCACUGUCGCGUACGAAGCGUUGUCGGACCCAGAAAAGCGUGAACUCUACGAUCAAUAUGGUGAGGAAGGCCUGCAGCAUGGUGGUGGUGGCGGUCACCAUGGGGCCGAUAUGUUCUCCCAAAUGUUCGGUGGUCGUGGGGGACGUCCUCGCGGCCCCCAACGUGGUGAAGACUUGACCCAUCCCUUGAAAGUGUCGUUGGAAGACUUGUACAACGGCAAGACCGUAAAGCUUGCUGUGAACCGUGACGUUCUCUGUGGCGGAUGCGCUGGUCGAGGUGGUCCCGAGGGUGCUGAAACCACGUGUGGGACUUGCAACGGACGCGGCAUGCGCAUUCAGCACCGCCAGAUCGCGCCUGGAAUGGUUCAACAGGUCCAGUCGGUGUGUCCCGACUGCCGUGGCCAAGGCAAGUCGAUUCGCGAAUCCGAUCGAUGCAAGGUGUGCAGAGGCAACAAGGUCACGAAGGAGCGCAAAGUGUUGGAAGUGCACAUUGAAAAGGGUAUGCGCAACGGCCAACGCAUCACGUUCAGCGGCGAAGCAGACCAAAGCCCUGGCACCAUUCCUGGCGACAUCAUCUUCGUCGUGCAGGAGAAGGAGCAUGCUGUGUUCCAGCGCAAGGGAGGGAACCUCAUUUUCGAGAAGAAGAUCUCGCUCGUGGAAGCGUUGACUGGUUUCGAAACGAUCGUCGAGCACUUGGACGGCCGCCACUUGCACGUAAAGUCUGUUCCGGGUGAAGUCAUCAAACCGAACCAGUUCAAGGCUAUCCAAGGUGAAGGCAUGCCCCAGCACGGCAACCCUUUCGUGAAGGGCCAACUCGUGAUCCUGUUCAAGGUCGAGUUCCCGACUCGGCUCAAUGUCGACCAAACCCGCGUGCUCUUGAGUGUCUUCCAGCGACCCGCGCCCGUUGGCCGCUUCAGCGACUCUGAGGAAGCCUUCUUGACUGACUUUGACGCCGAAGCCGCUCAGGAACAAGCUCAGCGAGACGCGUACGACUCGGACGAUGAGCGCGGCCAACCUCGCGGAGUCCAGUGCCAACAACAAUAAGCAUGUUCAAUUUUUAAUACUAUCCAUAGAGAGUUUGUCAUGUGGUUGAAC